AUGGCCCAUGCGCCGCUCAUCGCGACCCCUCUCGCACAUUAUGCAGUCGUUGCCAGCGGCGGCGAGGGCCGCGAGGCUGCCCUGCUCGGUGCGCUUGAGAUGCUCAUCAGCGGCCAGCAGCGCCCCGACAAAGCCGUGAUCCAACACUUGCGAGAAGCCGUCGCCGCCGGCGCUGCCGGCUCCGCCGCGGCGACCGCGCGCGCCGUGCCGCUGGGCAGCGGGCCAGGCGCCGAUGCCGGUUGCGGCGGUGGCGGCGGCGGGUGCAGCAGCUGCAGCAGCUGCAGCAGCAGCAGCUGCGGCGGCGCCAGCGCCAGCACCUGGAUGGGUGUCUCGCCUCCAGGCACUCCCAGCCGCGGAUGCUCCUGCAGCGGCUCAGCCGGCUCCGACGACGGCCUGCCGGCCGGCGGCGCCGCCGCGCCGCAGCAGCUGCGGCGCGCGCCGAGCGGCGCCGGCGCCGCGCAGGGCGAGAAGCGCCGCCCCUCCGGCGGCCUGCUUCGGCGCGCGGCGACCUUCGGCGGGCUGGCUGCGGCCAGCCUGGGCCUGUCUGGUGGCUGGUCUCUCGAGCGGUCGCGCCUGAGCACCUCUUCCCCCUCCUGCCACGCCCGCCGCUGCCCCGGCUGCGGCAGCGACGACGACGGCAGCGGCGGCAGUGACGGUGGCGGCGCCCGCGGGGGCGGCGCGUGCGCCGAUUGGUGCUGCGGCGCGCGACGGGAUGGCGAGGGGGAGCGGCGCGGAGGCGAGCUCGAGCAAGGAGAUGAGGAUGAGAAGGAGCGCGUGCAAGCGCGGACGGCGCGGAUGCAGGCCGACGCGCCGACUGCUCCGUUCGAUGGCGAUGACGGCGCUGGGCUCUUCAACGACCCCCAGCCGCCGGAAGUCCAGCAGGCCCUCGCGGCCGCCGACGCGUGGCAGUGGGACGCGUUUGCCCUGGACGCCGCAACUGGGGGCCGGCCGCUGUCGACGCUCGCGGCGCACCUGAUCGGGGGCGCGGGGCUGGUGCGGGCCCUGGGGCUUGACGCGGCGGCGCUGGGGCGCUGGCUGAGGGCGAUCGAGGCGGGGUAUGGGGACAAUCCUUUUCACCACAAGACGCACGCCGCGGACGUCCUGCAGACGAUGCACGUGCUGCUGACGCGCGGCGGCCUGCUGGAGCUGCUGCAGCGCGACCCCCUGGCGCACCUGGCGGCCCUGCUGGCGGCGGUGGUGCACGACUUCCGCCACAGGCGCGCGCGGCGCCCAGCGUCCGGCCCGCUGCGCGAUGCUC